AUGUCGAAUCGCGGCCCCCCGGAUGUGGUGAAACAGGUGCAGCGCAUGUUCCAGCAGAUGCAAGCGAAUGCGAACCGCGUCGCUGGCGCUGGCAAGCGAUUUGGCGGCGGCACCGGCGGCACCGGCGGUGGCGCUGGCGGCCCGAACUUAAACCCAACCGUCGGCGCAGGCGGUCUUUUGCUGCUCGUUGGUAUCGUGCUUGGUGUGAAUGCGAGUUUGUUCAACGUGGACGGUGGCCACCGUGCGAUUAUGUACUCGCGUAUUUACGGUGUGUGCAACAAGAUCUACCCCGAAGGCACGCAUUUGCGCAUCCCCUGGGUCGAGACGCCGGUGGACUACGACGUGCGUGCAAAGCCGCGCAGCAUCGCGAGCCUUACCGGCACAAAAGAUCUACAGAUGGUAUCGCUCACUUGCCGUGUCCUAUCGCGGCCCUCGAUCCCCGAGCUGCCCAUCAUCUACAAAGAGCUCGGCUCGGACUACGACGAGCGCGUUUUGCCGAGUAUUGUGAACGAGGUGCUGAAAUCCGUAGUGGCUCAAUUCAACGCAUCGCAGCUCAUCACGCAGCGCGAGAUGGUGUCGAGGCUCGUGCGUGAGAAUCUGAUGCACCGCGCCCGGCGCUUCAACAUCGUCCUCGAAGAUGUCUCUCUCACCCACAUUUCCUUCUCGCCUGAAUUCACCCACGCCGUGGAGGCGAAGCAAAUCACACAGCAGUCUGCCCUCCGUGCCGCAUUCCAAGUCGACCAGGCACUCCAAGAGAAGCAGGCCACCAUUGUCAAGUCUGCCGGUGAGGCGCGCGCCACGCAGCUCAUCGGCGAUGCAAUGCGCAAGAGCGACGGCUUUUUGCGCCUGAAAAGGCUCGAGGCUGCCAAAGAGAUUGCAAACGUCCUCUCCAACUCGGACAACCGUGUCGUCCUCGAUGCACAGAGUCUCUUGCUCAACGUCGCGGACGAUACAGAAAUGCGCUCCUAG